AAGUUACUUGGAAAUACUGCUUGACAAUAAAUAAUAACGUGUUUAGGAGACAGCAGCGGCAAUGUCCCUCAGACGAACAAGACAGGAAAAUAUUCAGAAUCGGUCUCUAGCCAGGAUUGUCACGCUCGUCUUCAACCACCACUUGGAUGAAAUCAGGACUGUGGAGUGGCAGCAGAAUAUAGGUUUAAUGGAAGUAUUUCUGCAGCAGCGUGACUGGUGAUGGCUUCAAAAUCUGCUAGCGUUUCAACUCAACAACUGCAUGCUAAAAAAAAAUAUGACAGAACAAAACUGCUGCUACCCCCUGCUGCUACGCUGCUCUAGUUGGCUGACUGGAUAUGUACAGACUGACACGUCUAGCAACACUUCCAUGUGUGCUUAUGAGGUUAGUCCUGUUGUGAGGUAAAAUACCUGUCAAUCACUCUGUAUUUUAAUACAGGAUUACAUUCAUUGUCAAUCCCGAACAAACACACACACCUAUCUGCCACGGACCUUCGAGGUAGCAAGGUGGUCAGUUAUCAGUGUGAAAGAGCUUAGAUUUUUAGAUUUUCUGUUUAACAGUACAUUUUUUCCAGUUGCAUACCAAAGACAACAGAAACAUAUUUUUAUACUGUGAAAUGAUGUCAUUGUCUGCAUAUUGAUAAGAAGAGGAUUUGUAACAAACAAAGAGACUAUUCAAUAAUUGACUCAUAGAAUUUUGUAAAGAUGUUCCCCUGGUCAGCAGUGUUUUCUCUGGAGCCGAAGGUGCCUGGACAGCGUACGGCAGAAGAACUAGUCACCAACACUCUGAUGCUGGAGCUGGGUGCCAUGGUGAAGCGCACCGAACGUAUCCGCCUGGAGAGGGUGACACAAGAGGGCCGGCGCCGACGCAGCUCCUCCUCUGCUGAUUAUAGAUGGCUGGCCACUGCCCCCACCCACCAACCCUACGAGCUGACCCCCCGAGAUCUGAUAGAGCUGCAGGACCUGUGUGAAAGGGUGCCACCAUCUCAGUGUGGCCCUGUCAUUGUUAGGUUCAGGAAUCUGGUGACAAAGACCGAGCCGGAAGUUUACGAGGUGGCUCGUCUGUUCCGCACGGUUCUACAUGACUGUGUGGAGGGAGAAGAGGAGAACGAGGAGAUGAGGAUGAGGUCAGCCGGCUGGGACAAACAACGCAGCAAGAGCCUCUCCUUUGUAACCUUCCGCUCCAAGUUACGCCCCGCACCCUUCAGGGGCGGGGGCCUGUGCGGGUCGCGCGGCAACCUGCAGGAGGAGUCAAGCUGGUACGAGGAAGAGGUGGAGGAGCAGGAGGGAGCAGCGAAUGUGGCGAGAGCGGCCAGGAAGGGGAGGAGCAUGAGCAUGCCUGAUAUCGCCCCCACCGAACAGAGUGCGCUUGGCUGAGAAAGGGAGGGACAACUGCUGAUGUAAAAAGGGCUUUAUAAAUACAUCUGAUUGAUUGAGGAAGGGAGGAAUGGGGCAAAGAAAGGAAUGUCGAGAAGUCAAAUAUGUCUCAAGGUGAGACAUGCAACAUUGACAGCUCACACCUCAGCAGAUUUCCACUUACUCUUUAGACAAAAAGAUGCAGCUGUAUUAAACAUCUACUAGAUUGGAAAUGCAAGCUUAGCCAGCAGAUGUAUGCCAUAAUAUUUCAAACAUUGUUUUUAUUGUGAAUUACAUCUUCUGAACGUGUGAACACUUGAAAUGCAAAAUUAACUUGAUUUUGAAUGCAUAAAAUAAAACCUUAUUUUUCAACA